GCGGCGGCGGCGGCGGCGGCUGCUGCUGCUGCUCGGAGGGCCGGGGGAGGCGGAGAGGCGGAGCGGGGCCGCCGCCGCUGGCCGCGCCGCGAUGCCCGGCGGCGCCGGGGGUGGCCUGAGCGCCUAGUGGCCCCGGCUCGCUCCCUCGCGGCAUGGGCGGCAAGCAGAGCACGGCCGGCACCACGGCCGCGGGGCGCUCGCGCGGCGGGCCCUUGGCCGGCGUGGCCAGCGACGACAGCGCGGUGCCGCCGCCCGGGGGAGCCCCCCACUUCGGGCACUACCGCGGCGCGGGCACCGGCGGAGGCGGCAGCUCGGCGAUGGGGCUGCGCAGCCGAUCCGUCAGCUCCGUGGCCGGCGUGGGCGUGGGCGGCGUGGAGCCGGCCGGCGCCGGCAGCGUCCCCUUCGGCCUCUACGCGGCGGCCUCUGCGGCCAGCACCACGGCGGUUUCGGCGGCGGCAGCGGCGGCUUCGCCGGGCGACUCGGAGCUGGGUCCAGGCGGCGGGUCGGGCGCGGACUCCACCCCUUACGCCCAUGGCAACGGUUACCAGGAGACGGGAGGCGGUCACCACAGAGACGGGAUGCUGUACCUGGGCUCGAGGGCCUCGCUGGCCGAUGCUCUACCUCUGCACCUCGGACCCCGGUGGUUCAGUUCACACAGCGGUUUCAAGUGCCCCGUUUGCUCCAAAUCAGUGGCUUCCGAUGAAAUGGAAAUGCACUUUAUCAUGUGUCUGAGCAAACCCCGUCUCUCCUACAAUGAUGACGUGCUAACAAAGGAUUCGGGCGAAUGUGUCAUUUGCCUGGAGGAACUUCUGCAAGGAGACACGAUAGCCCGGCUGCCGUGCCUCUGCAUUUAUCACAAGAGCUGUAUAGAUUCCUGGUUUGAAGUCAACAGAUCCUGCCCAGAACACCCGUCAGAUUGACCGCAGGAUCACACCCGGACCUCUUUCCAGGACAUUUCACCAUCCAUCCUUCUUCCACACACACACCCCAACUUCCUCCAAAACAGCUCUGGGACCCCCCUCCCCAACGGCAGCCUGGGCAUUUUGUGUUCAGUUCUGGACUUCAGAGGCAAAGAAGACCCCAAAAAACAACUGCAAGGCCAUACUUGGGGAGCCAUCCCCCUGUCUGGGCAGGGGGACGAAGGAGGGCAGGAGCCAGUGGCCGCCAGGCCCCCACCCCACAGCUCCGCCAUGAUGUUUGUUUGGGCUAGAUCCGGCCGCUCGAGCGAAACGGAGCACGGCGAGCAUCGGUGCCAUUCCAGGACUCUUCCUUCCUGCCCACACGCAGGGCACACUUUUGCACGAGCGAAGAGGUGGUCUACCCCUCCCUUUUUAUUUUCUUGGAGCAGCAAGGCCAUUUUCCCUGCCCCCCAGUCCUAAGGAGGAGGAGGAGGAGGAGAAUCGGCGUUUUCUGUGGCAAUUUUUGAAGGCGUUGUGUGACUUUUCCAAUGUUUACAAAACAGCCACGUUCGUGUCAACCAACGUACCAGGUGAUGUUUACAGAAGCAGAAUUUUGGAGACCUUUUUCUUCCACCCUUCAUCAACAUCCCCCCCCCCAUUGCCAAAAGUCCUUUUACUCUUUCUUCCUCCUCUUCCUCCCGCCCCUCCUCAACCUCCUUGCUGGCUUCAGGGUCCUUUGCAACUGUCCUGCAACAAGACCAGAACGGUUUUCAGCCCUUUGUGGAGCGCAGGACUGGCCUUUUUUCUUAAAGCAACACACACAGAGGAUACAACACACACACACAAACACACACCCUCUCCCGCCCUGCCAGUCCACCAUUGAGCACGAAGCAAAGACUGGCUGAGCAACAGGGUUGCGGGUGGGGUGGGGAACCUCUUAUGGACGGUUUUGAUCCGCAGGAAAAGUAUAUGUAUUUAUAUAGGAAACAAAAAAACAAAAAAAGAAAACAAACUUUAAAAAUUACAAAAAGCAAAAAAAAAAAAAAAAGCUUGGGAAGGGAACUUCCCCUAUUAGUCAAGUGUUUUGAUAUGGUAUUCAAUAAUG